AUAACAGACUGUUCAGAUCCCUUGGGACUCUCCACCAAUGAGAUAUCGGAUGACUCUUUAACUGCCACCACUUGGCAGCCAGGUAGAAGCGAUCCUUGGUAUGGCCGUUUAAACAACGAAUCACGACGCAGCUGGUGCUCUACCUUGCUCGACGUUAAUCAAUAUAUUCAGGUUGUAAAAUUUACUAAACACUUUUAACAAGGUUACAAGUAUGACGUGAAGCAUUUAGAAUAUGAACAGAUAUUUAUUCUUGCAGAGGUUCCUAAAAAGAAUGUGGCAUUCAUGGAGUAAUAUUUUUUUUCCUUAUGAUCUCAUCCGUUUCGUUUAGUUUUUGUCAGUACUUGGGCUAUUUUCUCUUCGCAUUUUAUUUGUAAACUCUUUCUACAUUUUCUUGAAUUCUUUACUGAUGCCAAAGUAGCCAGGCUGCCUGAUCGUGGAUAAUUCGCAAUAUACAACCAUUGAUAAUCUGUCCAUGUCAUUCUUUUUGUAUCAUUUUUGCCGGGUCACUUUAUUCAUUGCUCGUUAAUGAGAGGCAACGUAUUUGACAUGUAAGGUGGUGGUAUCUAUUUUUACGCUAGUUAAAGUUUUUUACAAUUUGAUUGCUUUAGGUCGAUUUAGGACCAAAACAGAGAAAAGUCACCGCGGUAGCAAGCCAAGGUAGUCAUAACUAUAAUGAAUGGGUAACCGAAUAUGAACUCUCGUACAGCUCCGAUGGUGGAACAUGGAAAUAUUACAAAGAUGGAAAUAAUCCUAAGGUACGUACAGGGCAUAUCCUAAACCUUCUUGCGUAAGUUAAAAGCUUCUCUUUCAUACUACACUUACCUAUAAUACGCCUACAGCGGGAACUUCAGUAAGGAUCCAUGCGUUUUUCAUGCUCAGAGUGUUAGCCUCCAACGCAGACGUUCUUAAGGAUAGGAUCGCGUGACGAAGCUCCAAGAAAGUCUGCGUGGGAGGUUAUGCUGGUGCCGCAUUUUGUAAUAGUAACUUUUUUAAAGUUUUUUUUUCUUUUCCGUUAAAAAUCCCUUCAAGUCUUAAAACGAUUUCACAUUGCUGUUCAUUAUUGCAAUCACGAUAACCUACUACAAAUUUUCAUCCCCAAUUUUAAUAUCUCUACCGUCGAAGCCGAGGCAAGAGGAAACGGCCAAGGGACGGGCAAAAUGUGCUCGCUAUAACGAGGUUUUGUUAUAUUGAGGUUCUUUUUCAUAUGUUUUACCAUUAUUGGGGUAAAGAAAAUAGUUUGUUAUACCUGGGACCUCGUUAUAAAGAGGUUCGUUACGUUCAAAAUCCACUGUAAGAGUGUUCACACAAUCAUUCAUGCUCAGAAAGAGACUUCGUACGUUGUAGUAUUGAUACCUAAAUCGAAGUGGAACCUCUUUCAGGUUUUUGGUGCAAAUAAAGAUCGCUUGACAGAGGUAAAGAAUCUCAUUGAUUACCCAUUUACCGCAGUGGUCUUGCGAUUUCACCCAACAGCCUGGAGUGGUGAUAUGUGUAUGAGGGUUGAAGUCUUUGGCUGCGAUGGUGAGUUUUUUAACUUAUUUUCGGUACAUUUACCACUCAAAAAAAGCCGGCCAUAGUUAUGAUCAUAAUAAUGAAAAAUAAUUACUUUAUUUGUCCUCGACAGUAAUUUAUGUCAAAGACUAGUGGGGCCGAGCAAACAUCUGAAAUAAACAAAUCACAAAAAAUCGACGAUAAAUUUAACAAAGUUAAGAAUCUCAGCUGGCUGGACGCAAGCAGUUGGCUAUUUACAAGCGCAGCAAAAGGGUUUGAACUCCUGACCAUAGGACUUGAACUUGGGGCCUACGGAUUGCAAGUCCAACGCUCUUCCUCCUCGGCCACGCUACGAUGAAGAAGAUAGCCCAAUUUUUGUUCUUGGAAAUGGUUGUCAUGUUCAUACAUGCCGAUGCGAUCAUCGGACCGCCUUACAUUUCUGGGCCGGGUUGUUCGAAGCUGGGUUAAGAUAACCCAGGGUUAGUGCGAAAUUUGAACUCAAAUAUGAGAGCUUAUAAAGCAAAUUCAGCUUAAUUCACUUUGCCUUCAAUUUGAUGAUUGGAUACUCUAAAAAGAAUAGAUAGAAUUAUCCGAUAGAGUGCUUUUGAUAGAAAGAAAAAGAAACCAGGGUUAAAAUUUAACCCCGGGCUAGCGCUAACCGGCGUUCGAACAACUGGGCCCUGGACGAUAAUACAACAUAUUUUAUCAGCUAGUUUUGGAAAUGAAUAUUAAGUAACUUUCUUGUCUGGAGUAGCUGAGCUGCAUACUUUGGUAGGAAUCACCCUUUAGCUUACGGCUCUUAUUGUUCAUUGACUUCCACAGUUUUCUCAGAUGCAAUGGGCGUAGAAAACGAGACCAUCAUUAAAGAUGAUUAUAUGGUGGCAUCCUACGGCACGUUGGCUUCAUAUAAGGCUUCAAAGGGACGGUUGAACCUUCCAGAGGCUUCCUGGGAGGCAACAGAUUACGGAGCCUCAUUCUUAGAAAUAACUUUUGGGAGGCAACUGAGUAUGAUUACAGCUGUAGCAACGCAAGGGAGUGGCAAACUGCAUAACUGGGUGAAGACGUACUUGCUGAGUUUCAGUACGUGGGGAGAUGAGUGGAUAGUAUAUACCGAAGAUGGCCACGCUAAAGUAAGGAAAGAUUUCUUGUUAGUUAGCUUUUGAUUUUACAAAUUCCUUUGUUGUGCUUGUGUAAUCCUAUUUAUGACCAUAGUGUAGUGAAUGUAAGUGAUAGUAUCAACCCCAUGCCUUACACUGUACCCUAGAUAAAUAGUUUCCAGUAAUCUAUUAUCCUGUUCACAGACUCUCUACUUUCGCGUAUGAAAAUGGAACCGUGGGGGAUAUAUUGACCGAGCGCUCUGUCGCGCACUCCCUCACUAGAUUGUAGGAAAAAAAAGACGAAAAACGUUCGAGGACAGGCUAGUAAUCUAGCUAUGGAGCAAACACAGCUGCCAAAAUUGCAAAGUACGUUAGCACUUAACAAUUUUGUUUUACUUUUAGGUGUUUAGUGGCAACCGUGAUCAGAACACAGUUGUCAAGCAUUAUCUCCGACAUAAUAUUACAGCAUUGAUGAUUCGAUUCUUGCCAAAGACCUAUUACAAUAGAAUAUCCAUGAGGGUCGAAGUAUAUGGAGAGAAAGGUAUAUUCCUGACUUGAUAAAAUUGAAGUGUGUUCAAUCUCUAGGGCUUUUUUAUGUAUUCUUUUUAUCCGUAAUUUGUCUAAUCGUCAAUCUAUCAAUUUUUUUUAUCAGAAAGACCUUAGAUUUAAAAUAACGAUUCCUCCUUGCUUUGUAGUAAGUGAAUUUCGACUGAUAGUCGGAAAGAUGAUAAAGGUUCCGGCUUUCUUUUUAGUAUUAGCAGCAAAAACAAUUUAUUUAUUUCAUAAUGGUAUUUGGAGGUUGAUUUGACUGUUAAUUGUGGAACUGCAUGUUUUUCCUUUUCCUGAUUACUGCAUGUUUGUCAAAUACAGUAAAACUAAACUUAUGAUUGACUUGUGAGAGAUAAGGGAGCAUUUUAACUGGAGACCAUUGCACUUUACUCUGCUCAAAAGAUGGAUAGCGCUAUCCACCGGAUAAAAAUUAGACCAAUAGCGUUGUCCAGUGGAUAGUGAUUUAUCCAGUGGAUAGCGCUAUUCACCUUUUGAACAACUGGCGCAAGGACGUUUUUAAUUCAACUCAUCGAUUGGUAAAUACGUCAUAAAAUGUGACCUUAGAAAUAAACUAAAAAACAUUAGCUUAAAAGAAAACAAAUGAACAAACAAACAAACAGAAAAACAGACAAAAUAAAAGAGACCGCAAAGAAAAGUUCGGAGGGACCAAGAUUAAACUCCAUUACAAGCUCGCAUGAGUAAAUCAGUGAUAGGUGACUGAGUGAAAAUCAGUAUACGUAGUAUAUUAUUAUUUAUGCUUCAUGUUCCUUUACAUAUGACGAAAGUUAUUGAUGUUGGCGGAGUCUCGCUUUGGGUGAGCUCUGUUUGCUGGGACACAAAAUAAUCACCAACCCAUUAUGGGAUAUUUUGGCCACGGGAGUGGCCGUUUAUUAAAUUAAAGCAUAUAAAGCUGGGAAAACCAGAUACACAAGAACAUUAUCCCAGCAAAGGUGAGGGCACACCCGCCACUCCCUAGGGUAAAAUAAAGCUAACGGGAGGGAAGGGAGGGAAAAAUGUCUCUGACUGUCUUGUAAUGCGAGGAAGAAGGCCUUGAGCCUCGCUUCUGUGACUUACAUGACCCGUGACAUAAAUGACACUUUCGUGACAAAUCACCCGGAUGACAGGAAACCCUCCUUUGCUGGUAGCUGGAGAAAUACAAUAAUGAUCAGUCACAUUAAGCAUAAAACCAUUUAUUUCUUUCAGAAAUAAAUCUCAUUUUUUUAUAUAAUUCCGUUUACCAUUUAUAUUUGUAAGUUUGUCAGGAACCAUUUGGCGCUGAAAGCGGAGAUUUACCCGCCAACAUGAGUUUCACUGCUUCAAGUCACGCUGGAGCAGGAAACGAACCGUGGGAAGGUCGCUUGAAUGGAAAGAAAGCUUGGUGUGCCGGCGACAAUGAUACUCAUCAAUAUCUUCAAAUAGACUUCGGAAGAAUCAAGACGAUCUCCAGCAUCGCUACUCAAGGCCACCCUACUCUCAGUCACUGGGUGACACAAUACGGCUUGUCAUAUAGUUCAGAUGGAAUAUUCUGGAGAAAAGCUGUUGGCGAAGACCAAUCAGUGGUAAUUGUUAAUGCUGUGAUUAUGCUUUUGCUUUACAUUAAAACCUACGUUAACUGAAUUCUUUUACACUAAGCAUUUUUAAUCCUUCCUGGUUUGUGAUCAACGCUUUCACGUUUCUCUAGUAAUGCACCACACUAACGUCCUCUAAUGAGACUUAUUCAAAGCUUUUAAAGGUUAAUUGUAUUUUUUACUGAGUUAGCACUAGUUUCUGACUAUAAAUGUAAAUGUGCAUGCGGGAAUAUGUAUGUAUGACCAUGUAUGUAUGUGCCAUAUGAAAUAUUUUGCAGACCCUCGAGGGUAAUUCGGGUGGAACCACAGUAAAUGAGGUAUCCCUAUACAAGCAUGUGUCGGUUAGAUUUCUCAGGUUUCUUCCAGUGCUCUGGAAUGUGGCCAUUUGCAUGAGGGUAGAGCUGUAUGGAUGCGAAGGCAAGUUAACUACUCCAUAGGAAUGGAACAAGUAAGCCAUUAACAUUUCAAGAAGAGAGUGUAGAUCCAAGGAACUAUGGCGUAUGGAUGUUGUAAAAAACUGGGUUAAGUCAACAUGCUUAGAACAGCAAACUCCCCUAAAGACUCAGAGUUGCUCCCCCAUCAAUGUUCUUUUAUUUUAGGAGGGCUUACUCAGCAGGAUCAAAGUGCUGUUGAGAGCUAGAGCCGGUUUCACGACGGUCAGCGUAGGAUAAAAGUAACUUUUUAAAGACCGUAAAUAUUAUUCCCAAACUGAUGCCGUUCGUCGGAGUAAUUUUGAAGGGGUUGGGCUGAAAACGUUUGCUUUUAAAUCGUUCAAGUUUACAGUGACUAACUGAGCUUUUGAGCUAAAUGUUUGUGAUGCAGUCUUGUUUUAAAAAUAACCAAUUUAUUCACCUGACGAGAGUCAUGUGCCUGAAUUCGUUUACAGCUAUUUAACAGGGAAACAUUUUAAAGAAUGUUUCCUCUCCCCUAAUGUUUCUUCCUGACUUAUCGUUUUCAGACUGCGCCUAUCCAAUUGGCCUAGAGAGAGGUGUUAUUCCAAACAAUGCCUUUUCAGCGUCGUCCUGGUACGAUGUAGAUCAUGAGCCUUCGCUGGCACGGCUAUACAGCAGAGAAGGCGAGGGAGCCUGGUGCGCACGGGAAAAUGACGGAGCCCAGUACCUUCAGGUUAAUCUCGGUCAAGUUCAAAUCAUAACAGGCGUUGCUACCCAGGGCAAAUAUGAGAUAUCUGAGUGGGCGAUAAGGUUUCGAGCAUGGGUGACAAACUUCAGUCUGUCCUUUAGUGACGAUCAAACGACUUGGACCAAUUAUGUUGAACAUGGAAACACGCCAAAGGUGAAAGAAAAGGAAGUAAUAGACUUAAGUUGGUUAAAAGGUUAAAGAAAUAUCAUUUUCAUUUUCGUCACUUAAAGAAGACUUGAGUGGGAAUGACCUUGACGUUCUCUGUUGUAGAUUAAAAACUGUUCAUAACUUUUUUGUCCUACAGAAGGGGUCAUAUCUUAUAUCAGUUAAUCCACUUAAACAUCAAACACUUAGAAAUUGUAAAACUGAAAUUAAAACAGAAGCUUUUAAGGUUAAUAAUAUAUCUCUGUCUACUGAUAACGGAGUUAUUUGCUUAUUGUUUCCUUGAUCAUUUGAUGGCCGGUAGUCUUUUGUUUUUGAUGACUUAACAUUACAGUGUAUGUGAUUUUUGUUUACGACGUCUUAACAUUAUCGGACAAUAUGAAAUUUCACUUUGUAUACUGUUCUCUUGGUGAUUUAGAAAUUGUGUUCAAGAUUUAAAGUGGGGACCCAAUAUUUUUAAAUUUUAGCCAAAUUCUCACCCUUUGAUGCAGUAGCUUGUGUAUUACACUCGAACGGGCAGCAAAAUGAAUUCCGGCCUUUGUCCUUCGUUUUUGAUUUUACUUUUUCUGGCAGAUUUGCCUCUUUUGCGGCCUUGCAAAAUAAAUUUGUACCUUUAAUCUCCAUAUGUGUAGAUUUUUGAAGGUAAUUCACGAAGCAGUCAAGUUGUGCGACGCACGCUUCUGAAGAGGAUAGUUUCAAGGUAUUUACGGUUCCUUCCAGUGACGUGGUUUGGCUGGACUUGUAUGAGAGUGGAGGUAUACGGAUGCAGAGGUACGAAACUGAUUAAAGACGGCCACACCUUUUGUUCAAUCUUUGGUAUUUGUAUAGCAAACAGAUUUUCAUUUCUCUUAAAGCCUUUUUGAUCAUCUUCACAUGGAGCACUGAGGAGAAAAGUCUUGACAGUGUGUUCUGUUGAACUCGCGUUUUGAUUGUACACAUAAACCUGACUGGUUGUAACAACGUACGAUGCAAUGAAAAAUUCCAUACCUUUUAAAAUGCAGUCUUAUGACUUGCUGUUUAUAAACGUAUCCGUUUCUCUGAUUGAUUGAAAAUCGUACCCUCGGUUUCUCUUUGAUCCUUUAACCUGAAGUUAAAGCAUUGACCGCUGAUCAAGAGCGACCGUGGACUCUUAGUGUUGGCGCCCUUCCUUGUUAAAUCGAGCACGAUUUGAUAAAAUGGUCGGUCUAUACAUGAUCGGUCGAUGGUCUAUGAUCGGACACUUUUAUUUGAAGACGGCCAGAGCCGUACCACACAGACACUCACAGGAAACUGGGAUAAAGGUCAGAUUUAACGCCUUUGUCGUCGUAAGCCCUCGCUUCGAAAAGAAAGUGCACAGAUUUUACCGGUGGUUCAAAAAUACAAGUGCAAGAAAAGUCUAGGAAAGGUUAGGCAAAAGAUCCAAGAAUACCGCUCUGAACUUAAAGAUCGUUGUUUCGUGGUCCUAAUUAAAUUAGGAAGGAAGCUUUUUAUUACUCAACCCAGAAUUAAAUUAAAUGGAGAAAGCAGUUCAUAUCAUUUUUCCAAGUUGUAAUAGUUUGGAAAGCUUUCCUAUAACUAAAUCAAUAUACUAUUUACAUGUGAUUGAUUACAUGAGAUUGAUUAACCUCCAUAUAACACAGCUGGCACACACAAGAAAAGUUUGAUCAAGAUUUCAUCAUAGACUGUUUUGCAGUUCUCUCUUCUGUAAUGCGAUUAUUUUCCAGACAGUGAGGGUAAUGUAUAAUAAUGUAACACAAUUACUAAACAUCAAGACGAUUUAUUUGGCAUAUAUGAUAACUCGAGAAUUUUUUAUGAUGAGAACGUCGGCAAGACGAGAAUUUUUCUAAUAAUGCGGUAGAUGCUCGUGGCAAGUGACGCCCUUAAAAUCUUGGGAGAAUAACUGAAAAUUAAAACACCGUUUUUGGCAUGGUAUCUGCAGAAAGUUUGGUCUUUACUUUUAGGCCUGCCACAAAUAAUUCAGUCCCGUUUCCCCUGUAAUGCUUGUCAAGGGGCGCGAUCCAUUCAACCAAAAUUCAGACCGGUCCGACCGGGAUAAGUGGUCCACCUCAAAAGGUGUACCAGUUUUUCCGAAACUUUUCUGGUUGGACCGAACCGAUCCAUUGCGUUUUGGACCGAAAUUUCCGGAAAUUUUGGUUGAAUGGAUCGCGCCCAUGUUCAGUCAAACUGACAAAUCGCGUAGCAACAAAAUGACCGUGAACAAGUCCUAAGAAAUGCAUUUGUAUUGCCUUUAUUGCCUUUAGCUUGUUCCAUCGCUCUUGGAAUGGAAGACAUUCACAUCCCAGACGAAUCUAUCCUAGCCUCUUCAUUCUAUGGUAGUGGUCACUCUUCGAAAAGCCGUCUUUUCAAAGAUCCUUUUGGGUGGAUACCAGCCCUCACAGAUCAGAACGCUUACCUUCAGAUAGAAGUUGGUAGCACAGAUCACGUGAUCACUGCGGUGGCGACACAAGGGUUUCGCAGUGAUGAAACAGCAGUGAUUAAAUUUCAGUUGUCGUUCUCAAAAGAUGGCCUGCACUGGUUGGAACACAAAGAAGAUGGCGAAGUCAGGGUAAUAUAAAAGAUCCUUUAGAAUACAUCAUGAUCUCUGACGAUGUCUGGGUCUCGUUAGCGCACAUCAAGUGUCCAGUGUUUCAGGCCAAACGUCGAACUUUUCAGCAGACAAACCAAACUUAGUGAGUUAAGUUCAUGAAAAGUUCGACGUCUGGCUCAGUUAAGUUCGUCUAAAUGAGAUUGGAUCGUCCAACACGUUCUAUCCGUCUGCUUAAGACGCAUACAAAGUGUGAAGUUCGACUGCGGGAAAAACAUCAGUCUUUAAUUGCGACGAACUCGACUAAUGAAUUAAAAAUCUCGAUGCAUGAUAAUGUAUAUUUAGCCGCGGUCGGUAGAACAUUAUUAGAACUGCUUUUUGGUCUGAUUCAGAUGAUUGGUUCGACGCUUCCUAAGUUCGACGUCUGACCCAAAAGACAAUUUUAACUUAAUUUAGGUGGAUCCAAAAUAGAGUUUGGUUCGUCUCAUGAAAAGUUCGACGUUUGGCCUAGGCCUUAACGAUGUAUGGUCUGGACUAAAUCAAUGAUUGAUUCCACAAUUAUUGAUUGAGGAAAUAUGUAAUAAUUUUUGUCACUGUAGAUGUUCGAGAGUAGCUUCAGCGCCAACACAGUCACAAAGCACUAUUUGAAGAAGAACGUCACUGCACGCUUUAUUCGGUUUUGGCCCAAACAGUGGCACAGAAAGCGGUACAUGAGAGUUGAGGUGUACGGAUGCAAAGGUAAGUGUUACGAAAACAUCAUCCUUUUUGAAAAGGGGGCUGUCACACUUAACUUUCGAUCAAGCGUUUUGGUUUUCUUCUUUCUUUUUUUCUAGAAGAACGGGAAAGAAAAGAAAAUUUGAUAGGCUCAAAAACCGUCGGUCGUCACUUUUAUUUAUAUGAUGGUGCAUUAUCAGCUGGAGCUUAAGUGUUAAUAUAAUUAUCCCACAAAAACGAAAAUUGGUAAAUCAGAAGGUCAGCGUUAGUUCACUGCCGGAGUCGGUUGUUUUAUUCAAAUACGAUUGCAGGAAUCCUGUAUUUUUCAGUACACCAAAUACCAGAAAUAUUCGGCCUAGACACCAAAAAAAUGCUCCAACACAUUUCUAUUGUUUCGUUUCAGUAGUUAUUGGAGCAACAGAUGAUAAAUGAUGAAAUGCCGCUGAAAAUUAACAUACGUUACAACAUCAUUACGUAACGAUUCAGUAAAUUUUUAUCAAAUAUAGAUUUGGUUCUAGCGACCAGGCACCGGUGUUCUAACGUUGGACAGCGCUAUCCACCGGGUAAAUCACUAUCCAGCCGAUACGUAUUAGGGAAACCAACUGCGCCAUCCGCUAUAGACAAAGAUUUAUCCAGUGCAUAGCGUCAUCCACCUUUUGGACAACUGGGCCCAAAUCGACAACUUUGUCUUAAAAAUUCAUUCAAUAAACUUCGUCCGUAUUUUAGGACGCCAGUUCUAGGCUAUGACAAUAUUGAUCUAUAAAAAGCUAUGAAAAAAUAAUAUUUAUCAUGACAGCCGUCUUUCUUAAUAGGUUGCCCCUGCAUCAUGGUUUUCUAGCGUUAUUAGAUAGAUUUAUUAUAGAUUUAUGAGGCUACUUUCACAGCAUUGCAAAGCGUCUGAAAUACUUUUAACUCUAUCUUUUAGUUUGUAAAAGGUCUAUUGACGUUUCAAACACGACUGCUGAAGUUAAUUAUCCUAUCAUGUCUACAUAUAAUGGUUCCGUUCUCACCCCAUGGCAAGGAAACCUUCGAUUAAACGACUUGUCCACAGUACCUGCUGCGUGGUGCGCUCCUAGCAAUGACUCAAAUAAGGUUCAGUUUCUGCAACUUGAUUUUCGUGUUGUCAAAGUUGUUCGUACAAUUGCUGUUCAAGCUCAUCCAACUGAGAACAAGUGGAUAAGGAGUUUUACCUUAAGCUCCAGUCUUGAUGGAAUAUUUUGGGAAGAAUACAAAGAAGAGGGAAAGUCGAAGGUAAUUUCACUCAUAGUAAAUGCAAUUUUGCUUAGUUAAAUGCAAAAAGACAGAAGCAUCUAGCUCUUUACUACAUCUUUGUAAAUUACUAGUGAUGCACUGAAAUUCUGGUGAAAAGCUAUGGUUUAUUAUAACGCCUUGGAUGGCUUAUUCAAUUUUCUUCUGUUUAGAUUUUUAAUGGGAGCACAGAUGGGACUUCUGUGGUCGCAAGAAAUAUCAAAUACCACCUUCGCGCUCGUUUCCUGCGUAUCUAUCCAAAGACCUGGCACAACUAUCCUUGUUUAAGGCUAGAGGUCUUCGCUAAAGAAGGUAUGGACAUGCAUCAUAGCCAGUGAGGAAUUAUUCCAUGGGAGGCUUGAAUCGAGCCUGUAACGAGUGUGUGAAAGUUUGUUUUCAAAUAAAUCAUGUAACUUUCUGCCUGAAAAACGUAACAAUACCUUUGUCCUGUGAUGUGGAAAGCUUUAUCAGGUGACUAAGAAAUUUUAACAAUGACCGCUACUCUUCACACAUGGAUACAGGCGACAAAAGUCUUAAGAGUCACUAUUCUUGGAGUCUUUUAGUUGGAGAAUGCUGUAUUUUCAAUUUAGGCAAUAGCUCAAAAUUUCUUGGCGGCCUUGUCUGUGCAUGCGGUUUAAUGGAAUUGUGUAAGGUGUCCGCGUGAAGAAAUGCUUAAAAUGUUUUCUAUUUCCAUUACAUCAAAACCAAAAUAGGGGCAAUCGUAAAAUUUAGCCACCGUUCUUUAAGCCCGUAUAAAUUACAUACAAAAGACGAGGGAAGGACCAAAAAUUCCAUCUUCCAAAGCACUUACUAUGCUAAUAAAAUCCGCUUCUUCCUGACAUGGUAUCAUUCCGUCCGACUUGAAAUGGCAGGAAUCUGAAAUGUAGCUGGUCCUGAAGUUAAUGGGUACGUACUACUUGCGAUCGAACGAAAAUCGCUUAAAUGAAAUAAAAGAUACACUCGAAUGAAGCAACAUUUUCGGCUCAUAAUUGAAUGACCUAACACCAACUGGAUCUGAGCACUAAUUUUCUGCCAGGCUGCAAAGUUCUAUUUAUGACUGAUUUUUGUCAACCUAGACACACAGAUUUUAAAAGAAUGUAGCCUGCAUAACAGCCUGCGAGACGUGGAAAGGAGAAAAACAAAGCGCCUGUUACCAGUCCAGUUCUGGCUCUUCCAACGUUCACUACAUGAACAUUGCGUUCCAGUUGGUUAAUUGAUGACGCGUUGUUCUGGCGUGUUUCUCUGGAACAAAAUAUCCGUCAAGUAUCAUGUUGUUUUGACGAUGCUGUUCGAGAAGCCUUUCCUUUAUUUCCAAAUGUUCCGGAAAUAAAAGAAAAACAAAAGAAAUGUUUAAAUUUAGAGUCUAAGAGGAAAUAUUUUCUUGGAUUUGUUCCAAAUAUGUUAGGAAAAAGCCUGAUUUACUAACUUUCUUGAAUUAAGUGUUGACAAGCCAGGGCCAAACACGACUCAUAAGCUCGUGACCUUGGAAUUUGUUUGGAAAACACGUUUCCCUCUUUUCUUUCUCACCACUGUAUUUGGACAUAACUGAACUUGGAUUCAGCAAAUCUUUCGCCGCACUGAGUCUUACAUUACUGAAGGUGAUUUUGCCCUCGCAGUUUUUCCUGUGUUUUGUACUGUUGUUGUUGUUUCUGGUGGACAGAAAGAUGACAAUGUUUGAGUAAUGGAUCGUAUUUUGAUUGGUCCUUUUGACAUCACCGCCGUCGGUGGGCGUAGUUGGGCGGAAGAGCCAGAACAUUGGACUGGUAACAGGCGCUUUAUUUUUCUCUGCCCCUGAUCUCGCGCUUCGCGCACCAUGCCUCGUUCGCCUCGCUUGGCUCAUAAAGCGCUUGUUAUGCAGGGUAACAAGAAUUGGAAGGACGUUGGACGCUGAAAUUUCUAUCCCCUCUUUACAUGAACCAUAAAUUGAAUCUGGCGAGCAUGCAAUUUUGUUAAUUUUUUGAAGGGCUUUCCUUUAAACGAAGUAAAACUAUGAACAAUAAAUUAUAAUGUGCUUGAACCAAGACUGAAAGUCUGCAAUGGCAUGCAAGUGAGUAAUGUAACCUUAUUGUAUUAUUACUUGUCAUUCCUUUUUUGAAAAAUUACCAUGAUAUUAUAGAAAAGUAUAACUAUAAGACCUGAACUACACAGAUUACGUGCUAUAGAUGGAUGUUAGUCACACUUUCACAGACCCUCCAUUACAAAAGUAAUCACAGAAGAUGGAAGCUUCUUUCCAUCACGAAUUUGCAAAAUACACUGUUGCAAGUAAAAAAUAAUUUUUUAAGACCAGUUGGGUAUUCAAACAUAAAAACAAAAUGACAAGCCCGAAACCCAAGAGUUAACUUUAUAAAGGCUACCACUGAAAGAACACAACAAAAGCUUGUCGGCAGCCAAAUGCACAUUCUCGAUCGGGCGAAUCUAAAGCCCCAUUCACAUCGAAGCUUAAACAUGUUUCAAAGCUGUUUAAUUAAGCACGGUUUGAAUUUUUUUCCUUCAUAAAAAACUCCUAACUAACUUAAAUGGAUUGCAAAUUUAGUGUAAAUUACAAAAGAUGUUGAAUUUCAUUUGAAUCCUGUGUGAAACACUGUGUCGCUGUGUUUUAUGAUAACUCGCAAUGUAUACUUGUUCUUAUUUUUGUUUUCUUUUCUUUUUUUGAUAUUAUACUGGAAUAAGACUGCACUGAUGAUCUGGGAAUGGAGAAUGGUUACAUAGCAGACGAAUUCGUCACAGCCUCAAGCGCCCUACGAGUGAAUAAUGAACCUUGGUUGGCCAGGUUACACAAUCAGUUGGGUGAGGGAGCUUGGUGUGCCGGGGUAAGAGAAAAUAUUUUUCUGUCGUAACACUUGAAAAGAUCACCGUUGCUUUGGCCACCCAAUAAAUUUCACCUUUCACAGGGAAAAAAUUAAAGUGAAAUGGUUUGGUAUUUCAUUGGUAGCUAUAAAACAAGUAGGACAUUACAUGACCACUCGAAGAUACGACAUUUCUCUUCAACUUUUGAGAAAUAAUUCACUGGUGGCCGCAGGGAACCAGUGAAAUAUUUUUCAACACUAGAAGAGAAAGCAUUUGUAUCUUCAAGCAGCUACGUAAUAUCCCCUAUAUAUGUCAAUGACUCUCACGAAGAUUAAAUAGCCACCAGAAGUGUACAUCUGUACAAACUGAAGUUUAAAACAAGUGAUUUGAAUUCUUUACACUGUAAAACGUAACAAUAAGAGCUGCCGACAUGAUAUUCUCGGUGCUUGCGACGGUCAAAGUGGCGUUUUAGUUGUAAAUGAAAACCUGUGUAAAGGUACAUGCAUCCUAUAAUUAUUUUAUUUAUAGUUAACCUAAGAAUGAAUGACAUACGAUGUUCAAGUGUCGCGUCUCACUGGUCUCUAAACCCCGCUCUCAUAAAUGGACUAUACGUUUGUACUUACUUUGCACAUAAGAAUCGUUGCUUCUCGUUGCUUCUCUGCUUAUAGAAAAACGACGAAAAACAGUUCUUACAAAUAGACCUUCUACAUCCCUAUCACGUGGCACGCGUAGCAACGCAAGGAAAAUUUCCAGUACCUGGGUGUAUUUCUUCGGAUGCUUGGGUGACAAGCUAUCUGUUGCGGUUCAGACAAGAUGAUACUGACUGGAAAAACUAUACCGAAGGGGGAGCAGUUAAGGUAGGUUGCUAAAUUGAUUGUGCGUUACCUGCAGCUACCACAGGAGUCUAGAACUGGACCGAAAUUGUUGGAACAAUGAUUUAAUUUUCGUACUUGUUUGUAACUUUGGCAUAACUUUGAAAAAGCAGUGCGUGCAGUUGAUGGUAUCUUCCGCUGCCCCACAUACACGUGUGCAUCAUUCCUGCCCAUAAGAUCCAGUGGACUACAUUUCUUCAAAAUCUUACUGAAGUGACAUCGAUAUUUUGCCCGGAUGAAAUGUCCAAAAUUUGCUAUAUUUUACACUUUCUAAUUCAUUCACCUACUCCAACUUACGUUCUUAACAUGCACACAAGCCGGGUUUAUUGUCAUUACCUAAUCAUCUCUCUUUUUUUUGUGAUGACAGCUUUUCCAAGGAAACGCGAACCAUUCAAGCGUGGUCACUAAUUAUUUGAAGGAUGGUGUGGUCGCUCGUUAUGUGCGUUUUUGCCCAGUGAACUGGUUCAACAGAAUUUGCAUGAGAGUGGAGAUUUACGGAUGCAAAGGUUGUGUCCCAAAUUUUUGCUUUGUUAAGACAUUAUAAUUGGAAAACGACAAACGACAACGAGCAAACAAGACACAAAACACAAAGAAACAAAUAAAGAAGCAAAACCAAGAAAGCAUUUAAUCUUACUUUAUUGAUCCCCGUAGCAAGAUCUGUUAUCCUUCCUUCUCCCCAUUCAAAGUUGUCAUUGCAACUAUUGGGGUCUUUGCAUCCUUAAUAUUUAAAACCAACUUAACUGGUAUUGACAGAUUUUAUAAUUACUUAGAAUAACAAAUAAGUAUUUUGUUAUCCACACGGUGAAUGAUGUCUACUUUAAAAAAAUAUUAAUAGCGUUUUUGUCGUUUGUUGCAGCCUUUUUUCAUCCUCUGGGUAUGGAAGACUACUCCAUACCCGAAACAAGCGUCAUAUCCAAAUGGAGUGGAAAAAUUAAUACUGCAAGGUUAAACGCUAUCAAUACAGCCUACUGUGCAGGUGUGUACAUAAUUGCAAUUAUGUUUUUCGUGUAAGUCCAUCUGUGCUCAGCGCUUGCCGCUAGUGUAACUGAUAGGGGCUCUCUUUAGAGUAAAUGAGGGAAGGAAACGGGCUAUCCAUAAUGACUUAUGAUUUGCACUAAAUGUUACAGCUCCUUUGCUUUGAGUUGCCACGUCUUCAUUUGUACAAAAGAGCCGAUAAAAAUGGGAAAAUUUAUUAAAAUUUACCUUAAGACUCGUUUUCAAAGCGAGUCCCGGUGCUUAUUGAAAAAAGCUGUUCUUUUAGAGGUAAAUUAUAGUGCGUUUUUAUAACAGUUACUCUCGUGGCCAGCAACUAUGCAAAUUUAUCGGAACAAAAGAAAGCGUUUACAUUAGAAAAGAGUUCAACUCCCUCAGGAUUGGUUUGGAACACCAAGAUGUCCACCGUGACGCCAUCUGAAAACACUGCAUACUAAAUCGAAAUAUUAUAGAGAGACCUGGGGUCAGUUAAAUAAAACUUUUACAAGUGUAAUUUACAAUUGUACCUUUUUUGAGUCUGAAAACAAUAGCUACACUUGUAAAAUGUACUGGUACAAGUUUUAAUAAAUUGACCCCUGGAAUAACUCAAACAUCGAGCAUUGCUUCAUAAAGUAUUAAAUGAUCCCAUUUCAGAGUGUUUAAAAUAUUUUCCCCGAAAUAAAUCGGCACUGUAUUUGUACCUCAAAGGAAAAUGAAAAUUGGCUCGAGAAAUCGGCAGGUGGUUAAUUCAAGUUUUCAAAAUAUUCAGUUGAAUAUUCAAAUAGUCAAAUUCUCAGUUGCCAUGGUAACGUCAAUGUUAAAGUACACAUCACGGAGACUUUAAAAUGUCGCUACCUUCGACAGUUUAGCUUGAAUGGUUUUGAAGUUUUUCAACUUUUUUGGUGAGGGGAGGCACUUAGUGAUCUCUUCUGGGGAUCAAAACAAUUUUAAUUCUUUGAUCUCUUUAUUGGAGUGACUUUGUGAUUGCACUGUCUUUUAAUCUCAGGACGAUCAGAAAUGUUUCUUCAGAUCGACUUGGGAUGUGGAUCAAAGACAGUUACCGCAAUUGCCACACAAGGACAUUACUCUUCAUGGGCUUUCGUUCAAGCUUACCUUCUGAUAUUUAGCAGGCGUGAAGGUGAAUGGUUUUACUACAAAGAGGGUGGCGUAAUUAAGGUAAUUAAAAAUUUAAAAAUAUUUGAACUUAAUAUUCAGUAGGCAUAUGUACGUAUGUAUGCCAAACUACCCAUGUUUACAAGAAACUGCUAAAUGCUUUUAAACGCCUACAGACUUAUGUCUUUAAGGCUUAAGUCCACGUGUGAAAAACGUGAAUAGAGAAAGUCAUCGUGAACGAUCUUUGGAGUGGUUAAAUUUGAAAAAGAAAACGGUAUCGUGUUGGUACCUUCCCUCUCAGAAACGGUGUCAAAAAAUUGUAGGCCCCUGAUGAAAUUUGUUUUAUAUCUUCAUAACUCUACAGGAGCAUUUUGUGUUUGGGUGCUGACACUAAGUAAUGACUUCAGCACAGAAUUGACCAAAAACAGCAAUAUCAACGUGACACAGCUCUUUUAAGAACAACUGAAAUAGGCUGACGCUUUGCACCAGAUUACCAAUCGUCAGUUUCAGCUGUACAGUAUUGUUAUUUUAUUAUACCUUAAAUGUCACGGGGUGGGCACGGUACUUUAUUUGACUUUUGAUCUAAUGGACCAGAAUUUGAUUGCCCUUGCCAUCAUGUUCUCGGUCUGGGUCGUAUAUAUUUAACAUUCGUAAUCCAUCUCGCCCAAAUGUUAGCCAAAAACGUAGUUCUUCUCCUAGCAUUUCGUCGUAUUUGUUAAUUUUUCUCUUCCGUCUCCUGUUAUUUUCGUUUAAUGGGCCUUCUUUUGCAAAUCUGUGCUCUACUAUGUGAUAAGUACCUUUGAUGCGAAUCGGUCUUGCGCGUGGACACUGAUUGGAACUCUUCACAGACUGAAGCAAAGGGUCUGCCGCAUCUGUAUUUUUAUUUAUUCCAUUUUAGCAUUUUGUUCUUAUUUAUGUUAAUUUUCAACUAGGGUUUCCAGGGUUUCAAUGUUUUUUCUUAGGUUUAUUUAGUAACACUUACCCUUCGUUAGGGGAUUUGACAAUUUGUAUCAUUAGGCAAAAUGUAAGAGCUGGGCGUGCCCUACUCCUUACGUCAAUGUAGUAAAAGCCGGCGUGUAAGAACCUACAUUUUUUUGAUAAUCUGGCCAAAAAAAUCUUGUACUUUGAGGCAGUAAUUGGCAAUUUAGGCUAAGUUGAUUCUUAAUUUCUAUGAUUGAGAUGCUUCUGUUGACCACCAGAAAACUAGGGUUUGCUCCUUAAAUAUACUGUAUUUAUUCAAAACUGUAUUAUGACCAGCCUACCCAACUGAUUACAAAAUGUAUACUGUUAUCUCUUUAACAAAAGCUUUUUGUUAAAAGAAAAAUGAAUGAAUGAAUAAAUGAAUAAAUUUAAUAUCAAUUUUUAAAAGUACAGUUGACUCCCGAUAACUCGAACCCUCGCUAACUCGAACCUCGCGCUAACCCGAACCAAAAUCGAUUUCCCCUGGAUUUCCGUCAUACAUUUACUGUAAUUUUACCCUUGGUAACUCGAACCCUCGAUAACUCGAAACUCCCGCUAACUCGAAGUAAUUUUUGUUUCCCCUCAGAUCAUUUCUAUAUAAUUUUACCCUCGAUAACUCGAACUAUGUUUUGAGCCCUUAAAAAGUUGGGAAAAAACAGUGUACUGCCUCCGAAACAUUGACUUUUGAAUUUCCCAUUGACGUGUUGUAGGCAUAUAGUUUACAAGUGGAUUGAUAGUGGAGGCUGAUGUUGUUUGUCACAAAUCUAACGUGAAAUAGCUUUACUUCUCAAAAAGUAAAAUGCAUGCUCUAUUUAGGCAAAGUUUUGUCACUUUACGUUCUGAGUUAUAAUCUAAAAGUAUCUUCCAAUUUUCACUCAACAUUUCUACAAUUAAAUGUGAUUAAAAUGCUCACUGUGCAGUAAAAACUGUUUUUUCCUUACUCCCGGCUAUUUUCUUCGAGCUCCCGAUAACUCGAACUCCCGAUAACUCGAACCUUUUUCGAUUUCCCUUGAAGGUUCGAGUUAUCGGGAGUCAACUGUACUUUCUUGUAAUAUGAAUUUGCAGUAUUAAAGUCAAACUCCUUGGGUAAAAUGUAUAUAACAAUUACUACCUGUACCCAACAUAUAAGAACCAGCUUGAUCUUGCUUAGCUAAACAGACUCUUAUAUUUUUGGUUACCAAAAGACAACUCUCUGCUUGCAGGUUUACUUACCAAACCAUACGUUUUUACACGUGGGUUUUUAUUGUAAUUAAUCUGGUGGGCAGAUUGCGAAUGAAAGACUUAACCUCUUUAACCCUAUUCAGACUGGGCUUUUUUGGUCAAUCUGUGACUGGAGGGGGGCUCCUCGGACCCCCCCUCUGUAUCUCUGGAACCAAUAAUGCUAGGGUCAUGAAAUUUACACACAAUGAUCAUCUCCGUACAAAGAAGCCCCACACCCAGUUUUGACUUGCCACGCCCAAUGAUGACGUCACAGUGACAUCAUAUUCCGAUUUUUCAAUGUUUCUUAUUAUUUUUCCACUUAGAGACGUAAAAUAUCAAUAAUAUUGGUAAAGUCAUCUCUUUGUUAUCCUUUCUUAUGAACUAGUAACAAGGAAACACUUGUACAGCGAGAAAAAGCGAUAGGAAGCAAUAAAAUUUAAAAUUUGAAAUGGUUGUCCGCCAUCUUGGAUCCGCCAUCUUUGAUCCACCAUCUUGGAUUUCCGUUUUUCUGUUAAAAUUAUAAUUUAAAGCAACAUUCAAAGGGGAAAAAGCUCAGAAUGUAUAAAAGAAGUAUCAAACUAAUGUUUAUUACCCAAACAAAUGACUUUGGAAGUGUUAUUUGGAAAAUAGAGCAGCAUAUUUGUCAAAGCAAAAAAGUGACAAAUUUUACCCCACCCCUCCCCCCCAAAUAUUCGAUGUUGCAACAUGUUGAUGUAAUUCCAAAACUAGUCCCAAGCAAAGACCAUUUUAACAACAAAAAGCACUAUAAGUGUAAAAACGCGAUCUUAAAAUAAAAAAAUUACCAUUUGUUAAAUUUUCCAAAACCUAUGUGUCAGAAACUGGUUGCUAUGGCAACACGAUUAAUCACAUGGACAUGGUAAUUAUACCAAAAUGUUCCUAGAUAAAUUUUAGGAAAAGUCAGAAAAUUUGAACGUCAUAGCUCUUUCGGUGUUGGAGUUAUCACGAUUUUGCCGGAGGGGGGGUUCGAAAAGCCCCCCCCCCCAGUCUGAAUAGGGUUAAGUAUUCACGAGUGUGUCCUGCAGCAGGUCCCUUACUUGUUAUAGAUGGCAUGUUUUCAAAACAAGUCAAAAGCAAGAUACGUAUUUGUAUUGUUUUCCCUUUUGAUUUUUGCAGGAGUUGCAAGGAAACACUUCGCCAAGUGAGACCAAGCUGAAUAUUCUACAAUAUCAAAUCCUUGCUAGACAUCUACGCUUGAUGAUGAACAAAUGGGUGGAUAAGGUCUGCGUAAGGAUGGAAGUAUACGGAUUCGAGAGUAAGUAAAGCCUUUGCAGAGUUUUCUGGGUAUAUACAUUAAGCUAUAGAUGUGUUUAAUAAAGGCCAAUACCUUUGACUUGAUAGACGUCGAUGCCCACUGGCAAUAUCCAGUGCAAACCGUUUGAGAAAAAGAACGCUGACUGGUCAACUAUAUCAUAUUCCCAUCCUUUCCAAGGUUCGUAAGUCAAACACAAAGAAUGAAAAAUGUAUUUCCCUUAACUAGGAGCAAGUUUUAUUUAACAACUUUUUGUUAAUUUCCUUAAGCUCGUACAACCCCGAUGAUUUCUUUCGGGUUGAACCCAAAUGUCAAUCUGACUUCAACAAGUUUUUUGGGCACUGGAAACGAGCCAUGGAUGGCACGACUGACUGUCGGACCUGGUGCCAAGGCCUGGUGUGCCGCGCCUUCAGACAUGAAGCCUUUCCUGCAAAUAGACCUGGGUCAGAUUGUGGUUGUUUCAAAAUUAGCCGUGGUGGGAAAAAGUGGUCAGGGUAUGGUGACGACGUUUACGUUGUCCUCAAGUGAAGAAGGGGGCUUUUGGCGAAUGUACAAGGAGGGUUCGCAGGAAAAGGUAAUAAUUGAUUAUAAUAUAACCAUUGUGUUAUUUUCUCGCCUUAAAAACGUCUAAAUACUAACAUAUUGAAUAACUAUAAAAUGACUGAAUAAAUGAUUAAAUAAUACCCAAACAUCUACCCUUUUAAUUUGAUUUCAAACUUUCCCUGGAAAUGGAACGACUGUGCACUCCUAAUGUUCCUCAUAAAAACCCCGUAUCAGUACGAAGUUGUCCUUAGCUACUUUUAAGUAUAUGUUGAAACAAAUGUAUCUCAAGUAUUAUGUGAUAAAAGUGGGCUAAUUAAUGUUACUAAAUAAUAAAUAAAAUAGUAAAGAAUGGACUGAUUGUUAAGUCUUUGAUAUGACUUUAGUUCAUUUGUCUACGAGCCAUUCCAAUUAAAACAAGGUGCUAGUAAGAUGGAAGACAUAAAACCAAAUAUUUUGCAUGAACUGGCGCCUCAUUUUCAUACUGACAGAUAAGACAUUACUUUAUGGCAAGGGCCAAAAGUGAGUAGAGCGUCGUCGUCUUAGCAUUUGCGUGGGCUUUUGAGACUUUUAUUUGGACAUCUUUUUAACCACCAUAACAUUAAGAACAAAAUUUCUCUUAAGAAAUUAGAACCCUGGGAAAAUUUGUCUUAAUGCAUCUUUCAAAGAUGCGAGUGACCAAGUUUCUUUAGGGUGUAACCCUUCUGAAUGCUUUUCCUUUCUUUCCUUUUAAAAAAAUAAUUUAGGAGUUUAUGGUAGGAGAAGAUUACACUAAGGCCUUCACUUUUGAGCUUCGUUUCAAAAUAAAAGCCAGGAUAUUUAGGCUCUAUCCUCUACAAUGGAUCACUUUUCCUUGCAUGUCUGUUGAGUUAUAUGGAUAUAAAGGCGAGUAUAACAUUUAUUGCUUUAUGUAAGAUAUUUUCUUGCAGUUAGUGUUAGACGCUUAGGAAGACAGAACCCUGGUUAUAUUGUUGCAAUUCACUGUUUAGAUUGCACGUGGCCCUUGGGACUAGCAGAGUGGAUGAUACCAAACGAAGCUAUGUCAGCAUCAAGCUCACUCGGUACCAACUACGCUCCGUGGAUGGGCAGACUUGGCGGCAGAGUGGGAGGCGGUGCGUGGUGUGCGAAAAGUAAUGAUAACACACAGUAUCUUCAGGUAGAUCUGGGUUACUUAGCCAAGAUACAAGGCCUUGCUAUUCAAGGAAAAGAGGGAGUGAGUAGACAUCCGACUCUUGAAGCGGCCUGGGUCAAGAGUUUUACGCUUUCUCACAGUGUAGAUGGAUUUUCAUGGACAAGUCAUAACGGCACGGAAGGUCCGAAGGUUUGUUCGAGAAUUAUGAAUACGUAUACGUCAAAGCACGAGCUGGAGUAAAACCAACCCGAAAACGGCUUUAUAGUCAAUACAUUUUUUGAACAUACAGUACUUUGAUAAAAGUGGCGGUAUUUGAUCAGGCUAAUCACGCUUCUGCUCUUUUCAUCACUUAUCACAAUGAGUUUUUGAAAUAAAGAUAAAUACACUACGCCAGUUAUGUCCAUACUGUUUGCAUUUCUUCAUUUUGUACAAUUCUGUUUGCAGGUAUUUCCAGGCAACACAAAUUCUCACGCGGCUAAUGUCCUUUCUUUGGAGGUAGUGAUUAUAGCCCGCCAUAUCAAAAUUAUUCCCCAAAGCUGGUAUAAUCGCAUAUGUUUACGCAUAGAACUCUACGGGUGUGAAGGUAUGUGUGCCUUUUAUUCAUAUGCUCUGCUCUGUAUUGUUGCACAAAGCAUGUGUACUUAGUGAGGGGUAUCAACGUAAAGUAGGCACAUAUCAUCAAGUGUAACUUUUUCUCAUCAGCUUUCUCAUGGCUUAGCUUUAUUAAGCACCAACUGGUUCUUCUGAUGGUAGAUCACGGAUAUGGUGAGCUGGGGAGGCUCGGGUGCAUAUCUGACCAUUUUAAUAGAUUCUGUAGAACGCUGGCAUGAUCCUAGUAGUCGUUGUGUUUAAAAUUUUGCCGUAGUUGAGACUAUUGCGUCAUCGAGGAGCUAAUGGGCUAAAAAGAAUGUCACCUCUUCUAAUCUCUCAUUGAAUGUUUGUCUUCCUGGAAGAGAUGUCACGAAAGACCCGUCCUUUGCUUUAAAGAUCAAGUUGCGAUGACCCUGUACAGUGUGGGAUCAAAGAAAAAGCGGCCGAAAAGAGUUGUGCGGAAAAGAUUGAGCGGAAGAGAAGAAAUUUCUGCGAUCCACUCGCAUCAAUCAAUGCGACCCUGCAACUACUACUAAUGACGACGAGGACGACAACGAUUGCAACUGCUGGAAGGGGACAUAAAAAGAACUACACUGCUGAUCGAAUACAAAUUAAGGGGCAUUUUCACCCCGGUGCUAUUUACCUCUCCUCUUAAUUUGAAAAAAAAAAUAUAUAAAGACUAGUUGGGAAGCAGCAAGCAGUGGUGCCUUCAAAUUUCGUAUUGCAGCUUUCCAGUGGCACGCCCUGUGCCACAAUCACGAUAGCGUUUUGCAAAUUGGUCUGUAAUUUGUAAAUAUAGAGACAGAGUGGAGACAGAGUGAGUAAUUUGUGGUAAAUGAAGUAAUUGCCAGUGGAAAAGAUAAUCUUGAUGAGUCUAACUGAUUCCAUUGAAAUAUUCAUUUCGUUUUCAGCAUGUGGGAACCCUUUGGGAAUGGAAACCUUCGACAUUCCAAAUUAUGCUCUUCUUGCGCCUGGUAUACAAAAUUAUGCUGAGGAGUUGCGUUUACGUGGGACAAAACCUUUACUUUUGGCCGAACGAGAAAAUGAGUUCGUUCAGGUGGAUCUUGGCACUGGCGGGAAAACCUUGUCUGCCUUAGUAAUCGAGGGAGAUGAAAGUAUCAAUAAUUGGAUUUCUAAGUUUGUUGUUAAUUACAGCAGGGAUGGUAAUGAAUUCUUUCCCUACAUGGAAAACGGUGUUUUGAAGGUAAGGCUAGAAUACGUAUGUAUACGGCUAGCCACAUACACUCUAACCUUUUACACUUUUUGAAAGACUUGGCGUGGAAUGAAAAAUUACAACAGUUUAUAUUGAGGAGUGCGUCAUUUGCAGGUCUAGCCUACCUCUUUAUCUGUUGUAAACGUUCAACUAGCAUAAGGAGAGAUUUCUUUUUUAAAUACGUUACGAUUAGAAGUUUUUAAUUCUAAAUAUUUAAGGUUGAUAAAAAUUAUUGUUAUUUUCGUUAUUAUUGUUAUUGUAAUUAUUAUUAUUAUCAUCAUCAUUAUUACUAAUUUAUUAUAUAAAUGGAAGGGCCUCAAGUGUAUUAGUGACAAUUUUAAAUGCCAUGUGUAAAUAAUGUCACUAUUUUUUCAGUGCCAGUCCCCUCUAUUCCAGUUCGUUCCAUUCCAUUUUAGUCUAUUCUUUUCGAUUCAGUUCGCUAUUUUCGCACUGCCCUGAUACACUGCGUCAGUCUAUCAAGUUUGCGUACCGGCCCAUUGCUUCCAAUUUCUCCUGUGUAUUCCUAUCGUCCUAAGAGAAAUUGAAAACAAUUAACGGACAAAAAUUUUGGGGUGCAAACAAAGCUACGUGUAUGUGGACAAAACAAGAGCGUUUUGUUCCACUGGGAAUUAAACUAUUCUUCAUAUAUAAAUUCUGUGAAGAAAAUUGUUCGUUUUGUCAGCCAGGAUUGGCCGUCUUGUCACCUGUUUGCAAACCAAGAAUAGGCUAUUUGUAGGAUGGCGUCAUUUUCCUACCACGACCACCGAUCAACCUCGUUUCCAAGAAGUCAUUGAAUCGAUAGUAUAUUGCUCACAUCUUCCAAAUUUGGUCAACGCCAGUUAGUUAUGAAGAAUUAAACGGGGGCUUUGAGCCGAUCAGAAAGGGUUAAUACUUAAAUGAAAAAUAAUGAUAAUUAUUCAUUCAAAAUACUUCUCCUUUUCUGAUUGGCUAAAAUCCCACGAAUAGAAAAAAAAAGGUUUAAAGACUUGUUUGCCGUGGAAAGUGCACUUAGCUUAUCCAGUUAGUUUGCAGGCACUCCACUCAAAUACUUGGAAACAAAUAAUUCAAAUGCAACAUAACAGAAUUCAAAACCCCAACAGGCAGGAGGCAACCAUGCAGUUGGCUAUUUACAAGCGUGGCCGAGGAACAAAUCCAACAAGUGGCCAGAGCGAGACUCGAACCCGGGACCGCCGAAUUGCGAAUCCAACGCGCUGACCACUCGGCCACGCUACCUUCUGCAUAAUUCAUCAUAACCAGCUACUCCUGACUAAAUUUGGAAGAUUUUUGCGACAUGUGAAAAAAGACGUCAGUUGUGCAGAAACCUGUACAGUUAACCGAGAAGACCUGGGGACGAGGUUGUGUUGUUUUGGUAGUGAGUACAAAAUGGCGGAAAAUUUCACUUGUUUCACGAGGAAGAAGUGGGCGAACUAUUGGCUAAAAACAUAGCAAGAAAAGCAAGAAUAAAACUCGACGGACGACAUCCGCUAUUAGGAGAAUAUUUGCAGGACUGAAAAACCCUUUAUUUCCUAAACUUGCUGAUAAACAUGCAAUUAAAGAUUAACUCAACAUCGAUGAAGGUGAGCAUGCUUUGGCUUGUUUUUAAACUAGGAAUUAUUUUGAAUGAAUAAUAAAACAAUUAAUGAAUUCGGCUUUCGUAUAAUCUGAACAAUUAUGGAGAUCUCGAAGGGCCCUCCUCCUCGAUCUCCAUAAUUCUUCAGAUGAUACUCAGCCUCAUCCAAUUAUUGUUAAUUAUUAUUUUUGUUAUCUUAACUUCCAGACAUUCCAUACCCCUUCGGAAAGUUUUGCGUCCCCAUAUAAGCACAGACUUGAGCAUAAUAUAACUGCCAGAUACAUCCGGGUGAUAGUAAAAGACUGGGUUGGUCGUCCAAGUAUCAGAUUGGAGCUUUAUGGUUGUGAAGGUAAUAAAAUACUGGUCGUAUUAUAUAAAUAAAUUGAUAAAUAAAUAACUGAAUAAAUUUAUUGAUUAAUAAUAAUAUUUCCAGAGAUCUGAAAGUUAAAAUCAUUAGGAAUUUGGGGGAACAUACCAAUAUUUCCUCAAUGAUGAAUAUUUUGAGAAGCUCAUAGAAUUACAAACUGUUUUUUUCCUUUCGCAGUGUCCUCAGAGUUGCACGGUUUCGGAAAUGAAAUUAUACCAGUUUCUUCUUCAUCUGCGUCGAGUAGUAAGCCUUCCCACGAACCGGAAAAGGCAAUGCUGUUAAGUGACGAGGGUUCAUGGUGCGCAGGUCAAAUACAGGUGAAUGAAUACCUGCAGCUUGACUUUGGAAUGACCAUGAUGCUCACCGGAAUUGCUUCACAAGGACACCAUAGCAGAGACGAAUACGUAACAAAGUACAGGCUGGACUACAGCGUUGACGGUUCAGUGUGGUUUCGAUACACCCACGCUUUUGAUUCGGAAUCCGAGCACAUUGAACUGGAAGCGAAUAAGGAUAGCAAGAGUGUAACAGUAAUUAAGUUCUUACACGAAAUUAAAGCACGCUAUUUGAGGAUCGUGGCAAAAACCUGGCACAAUGGAAUCUGUCUCAGAGUUAGAGUACUCGGAUUUAACGGUACGUGUUAAAGUACCUUAUGUACGAUAUUUUCUCUUUAAAUAGGGCUGUACUCUGGUGCAGUUACUGGCAGUAUCCGUUGUUUAGCAUAUCUAGAAUUAGUUUUGCCUAGUCCCUAGGCCUCAUUAUUCCGCGCGGCCAGUUGGUUUCGGGUCACGUGGUCCGAAAGAAGAAGUGGGACAAAAGAGAGACAUUAUAGCGGUUGCUUACAAGACCAAAGUGUCUCGUUUCAACGUUCAAAAUGCAUCGCUAAUAGACACAGAUGGGAAAGGACAGUUCAUAAGAAUGCUUAGUUUUCUUUUAUUAGACAAAGGAAGGCUUUUCUUUACAAAAUUGUCCUUCGAGGUAUUCGAAGUUUUCUUCACGCGGUGGAGCGCUUAGACUGUUUUGUAACGCAACCAGGCAGCGAAGUUUUUGAAGAAUCACAGGUACAUUUUGCACUCUACAGUCAAGAAAAUUACGUUUUUAAUUUAAAAUUAAGGAAAUUUAUGUUUUUAUAAAUAUUUCAUGGACGUUUUAUACAUUUUGAGAUCGGCUUGAGUUCCCCGACUUGAGAUUUAUAUUGAAUUUUGCCAUCAUUGUGCUCAGCCGAUUUUGCUUGCGUGAAUGGAUCCCUGAGCCAGUUAGUGUAACGCGAAUUGCUUUAAGGAUUAAUUUAUGGGUAUUUAUUUAAAUUUUCUCGAGAAAUAAUUUCUCUGUCUGUGGCUGUGUGUUCUUUCAAUGAUAACAUAAGCUCAAAACACGAUCCUGAGCUCGAGACUACAGCAUCCAAGUUGAAUUUUUAAAUGCUUAUUACUUCUGCGAAGAUUUAGGCAAGUUUUAUGGAAUUUUUACUUUUUUGUUAAGUUUUUGGGCACUUUUCGAUAGGCAGCUAAGGAAUUUUAUUUGAAAGUAUGUUUUUCUGAUUAUUCAAGACGUGCACUCUAAGUUUACUUCACAGAGGGUCACUAAAGUAUCGUUUUUACUUUGAAACUUCGCGCGGUCGUUUAAAUGGGUUAAGAGCUAAAAACUCCGAUGGUUCAAUUAGAAUGACAAGAUUGAAAGAGCAGAAAUCAAUCUUCACAGGAUUAUGAAUGACAUUCUGGUGCCUUUCAAAAAUGUUCCUCAAAAGUCGAUCUUCUGUUUCGCAAAUAUCCACAGGGGUUUCAAAAACAUAAUUUCCUGCCGUUCACAACAUCUUGAAGAGCUCCAGAAAGUCCAUCAAUUUCAAAAGCAACGCACGCAUGUGCAUUCUGUUUUUGUCUAGGCGUUUCCCGCCCGUUCGCCUCGGAUACGUCACCGAAGGAAAUUGACCGAGAAGGCCUGGGAAAACGCCGUACAGGGACUAGGAAAGAAUUAGUUUAAGUUUUUAUAUGUUCUGUGAGCUUUAAAAAUUACAACGAAGCAUAAACAGGUGCCUAGUAACCCUAAUGGGUUUAAUUAAAUCGGGUACAUUUUUUGGUGAUUUUGGUGAUUGAAAUAAUGGAGAGAUUUAGAAUCGUGGUUAUGGCAAACUGCAAACGUCAAAUUGAACUCGACAAUUUUUGAGAAUAGAAAAUGAGGAGAUCAAAAACUGUGCAAACUAAUAAUUCUUAUAGAUUAAACUGUCGAAGAACUACCCCAAGAUGUGUGAACAGUAAACGAGAGGAAAAGGGAAAACUCUGUCACUUGGUACAAAAGAGAUUCUUAAUAAAUCUCUCUUAAUUUGUUGAAAACACAAACAGCAGCGUUACAUCGAUUGUGACUUGAAGUUUGAGCAGGAAGGACGAACAUUUUUAUAGAAAAUAAAGCUAAAAGGCCAAAUAAAUGAUGAAAUAUAAUAUAAAAUAUUCGCUUUAAAAAAAGAGUUGAAGAGGGGAAAAAAUUUCGUUUGGAACAUCUCAAGGGCUAAUAAGCUAUAGUAGUCUGGACAACUCAAAACAUCAAAUACCCGCGUUAGAAGAACUUGAUUUUUUUUGCAGUUACCAUUAUAGAAUUGUUGUAUUUUACUUAAGGAAACGGCUCAAAUUAGAAGCAAGUAAAGAGCUUCAUCGAGCAUUAGUUUUAUUGUAUUAUCAGUUACUUUUUGUUUUUGUGUAGUUUGUGAUAGCGACUUGGGGAUAGAAACUUCAAAAAUCACCGAAUCGUCUAUAACAGCUUCCAGCAAUCUUGGAACAGGUUUUGAACCAGGGAACUCUCGCUACAAUCGCCAUCAAGGAAACGGCGCAUGGUGCGCGCGUGAAAACAACGUGGAUGAGUACAUACAAGUAGACCUUGUUCGCGCUCACGUCAUUUCACGCGUUGCAAUUCAGGAAAAGCUGAAAACUUCGCCUAAGGAUGGCGUAGGAGUUGCCUGGGUGACUAAGUUCGUAGUUGCUUACAGCCAAGAUGGAUUAAGCUGGUCAGACUACUCGGAAGGCAACACUGUCAAGGUCAUUAGUCAGUAGCAUUUGAACUUUCCUUUUUGACGGAAAAGCGUUAAAUCCUAAUGCAUAAAGUGUGGGUUUGAACGUAUAAUCGCUCCUGGGAUAUGUUAGCCGAGUUGUUCGAAGGGCACUAGUUAAUGUGGCAACUCACAUCUAAUUACCGUUAACCCACGAUUAGAGGCAAGGAUAUACGAGACGAUUUGCAACACAAAUUAAGGCAAUAAUGUAAUGUUGGAACAAUGUCGUAAAAAUGGGAAACAAUGUAGCAACGGCUUUUGACAACUUGGGCCUGGCUAAAUGUUAACAAGACAAACUGUGAAUUUUAGCGUCACAGUUAAUUACUUCCCUCACCUAAUUAAAAUACUGGCGGAGUGGCAUUAAUUUGCACCUUAUGGUUAAUUUGUUACUGAUUUUUGUACUCAUUGAUUUUGCUAGGUUUUUAUGGGUAAUAAAAGACACAGACUUGUUAACCAGAUACAGGCACGGUUUGUGCGCCUGAUUAUUAAGGAAUGGCACAAGCACAUCUGCCUCAGAAUGGAGCUAUAUGGUUGCCAAGGUAACACGUAGGAUGUAUCAAUUCUCUAGCUUUGCACUUCCAUGUGUAUCAGUUGCUGGUUUUUCACUGUCACGCCAUGAAAAAUAAGAAGGAAUCUAACCAAAAGAUAAAGUUUAGAAUAUGGAAAAAAGAAAGAAAAUAAGUACGCAAACAAACAGCCUCCUCCACAGCCUGCGUCGCAGACGUAAUUUAACCCCGGUUAGUAACGUCUGCGAAGCAGCAGCGAGAUCUUUACCUUGUUUUGGGCCCCAAACGGACUCGACGCAUUACCAGAAAUGCGUUUCGAAUUUCCUAUUAUUCUGAUUGGCAAAUCGACAAUGAAUUUUUUAGCAGGCCAAUCGUGGCGCGUAUUCAAAUCCUGGUACACAGGUGGGGACCCAGAAGAAGGAUUUCGGCGCUGUUUCGCAGACGGACUUAACCAGAGUUUAGUUUCCUCGGUGGUGCAGGCUACCUCGCCAAGCUCCAGGUCUGUGCGAUUUUUCUUAUCGAGAUACUGUGAGAAAUGCUUUGACCAAAGUCAGACUUAACAAAGUAUGGAGACGCCUUGUUGGUGUUCCUCUCUUCCUCUUGUUGCUAAAUUGACUUGAUAACAACAACAACAACAACAACAAAUGUAUCUAUUACUAACUACGCUAGCCACACACAACAAAAGCUGAUUUCCAGGUGGGCGAAGACAAGCAAAGAUUACAAUAAUGAAAGCAAUAUGUUCACUAUCAAAAUACAAAAUGGUACUAACUUUUAGAGAAUAAUUAAUUACGUAACAAUUUACACAAUACAACUAAUUUUAUAUUGGUGGGAGUUUUUGGAAAAUAAUCAAUAUAAGGUUUGAAAUAUAAUAUUUACACAUAAAAAUUAAAGAAUUAGAGCGAUCCAGCAGAAGGCAAAGAGACAAGUUUGCUUUUGAAUUCGAAAAGCGAUUGCACUACCUUAGAAAGUACCUCUUUUGCUCUUAUCCCAAUUAGUAUUUAGCUGCAACAUCUUUUCUUGUAUACGUUGUAUUAGACUGGAUUUCCAUAUGACUUUUCUAUUUUUGCAGCUUGCUUGAAUCCUCUCGGAAUGGAGAACUUCCAAAUUCCUCGUUCGUCCGUGACUAGUUCAUCCCAUUUUAGUAAACAUAAUGGAUACCGGGCGCGGCUGGGGUAUUACAGGAAAGAAAUGUGGUGUGCAUAUAAAAGGGACCUUACCAGUUAUCUACAGGUAAUUUUGCGUAUCAUAGGUUAUGUUCACACUACACUGGAUAGUAUAUUGCACCAGCAGGAAAAAAAUACCUGAUGGGGCUUCUGUUCACGGUGAUUUCGGCGCGAUUUCUGUAACGGAGCGAAGCUACACUGCACCCGCGGAGUAGAGUAGGGUAGAGUCACAUAUCGGAUAGGUCUUCAUGUACUGGUCAUUAGCCUGCGAAAACAUCCGUUUCUCCUCGCUCUUCACCGAUGGGGACGUUUCGCUAGGAGGAACGUCUGCGACUCAGCGACAGAAAUUCCAUACUGAUGACGCAAAUCAAUGUUUACAUAAUAAAUCCGAUAGUCAUGGGGUUCCAAAUACAAAUUUGUCCAAUUUUACGUGUCUUCUGGUCGAUUUUGGUUAAGUUUUGUGUUCAUCUGCCAACGAGCUCCAGCAAAACCCAAACGCUUUAUCUAGAGAAGAGUAUAUUCCACAAAUAUUGACUGUUUUGCUCUAGAUUCUUCGCGUUUACAUUUGACCUUUGUGGCCUUUUGUCUUUUGUCUGUCAUUCGUCAACAAUAGCUAAAACAAUGUAACUACUCCGUCGACCAAUCAGCGUUUCUGACCGGAUCCCGGACAGAUUUUACGUCAUCAGUACGGAAUUUCUGUCGCUGAGUCGCAGCCGUUCCUCCGCGCGAAACGUCCCCAGCGGCGAAGAGCGAGGAGAAACGGAUGUUUUCGCAGGCUAACGGGUCAUAUACUAUACCGGAUAGCUACUUUUCGUGUCAGCAGGAAAGGCUCUCCGAUACAGUGGGAACAUAGCCUUAAGGAACUGCUUUAUCUUUUCAAUGGACAAAAAAAAAUAAUGGAUUUGUACGCGCCAAUUUUGCUCAGGACAAAUACGAUGCACAAAAGUGCAAUCAGGGGCAAAGAUGGUAAAUGCCACAUUUUCCUCCUUAUUUACUUCCCUGUGUUAAUUAGUACUUUGUUAAUCAGUGCUUUAAAGGCCAGUUAUAUCAUUGUAUAUUUUAGGGUUUUUAGUGUAUCUUAUGUUCUUAAUCGAUACUAUUCAACCAGUGAGUUUUCCAUUUUUUUUAAUCAAGUAAGUGGGAUUCGGGAGGGUAUAUCUUUUAAGUAGUACUUCUUCUAUAUACGUUGUACAAUCCCGGAUAUAUUGAUUGUUAUUAUUGUGUUAUUUCUGCCGCGCUAGCGAGCAAGGUAGCAGCAGACCUAAUCCGUAAAGAGACAAAACUUUUCGAUGUCUACCCACAAUGCACUUUUUUACCACAAUUCCUUGCACACAAUGCCUUGACUUCGCAAUAUCAUCAUACCCAGCAUAUUUCGUACCGUUCCUCGUGUCAGCGAAAUGUGGUGUAGUUCAUCAAAUACUGAAUGAUAUUCAAAUGCAGAAUAAUAUUCAGACACAGGGGACACUAGACCCAGUCGGACUGGAUGUUCACUUUUUACUGUAUAUUUUUUAAAAUUUUAUUUGAACUUCUCAAGGUCAGCGCGAGCAUGUAACGUUAGGUUAUUGUUUCCAAUUUUUUGGAGCGUUGCAUUGCGCAUGCAUUUUUUCUGUUGCCUUUAUGUCUCUGAGGAGGAGGGAGCACAUGUAAUGUUUUAAACGUUACGUCUUUGUUUUGAAUUAUAUUUAAACGUUACAUUGCGCGUUCCUUUUUUCAGUUGCUUUUAAACGAUUAUUUGCGUCGCAUAGUUGUGUGACACUAAUUCAGCGCAGUGCAAUGUGGAGGCGAGGUAAGAUCCUUUUCUUCGUGGAGAGAAAAAGAGCGACAGAGACCUAGAGCGAGAGAUAUAAUAAAAGGGAGGCAUUUUUUGGUUGGAAGAACAACAUGAAAAUUUUGUAGCGGCGGUGACAAAACGAGAAAUGCUAGCGGUCACCAAUCAAAUGCAAGGUGAAAAUGAGCGGCAGUGAAAAAAAAAGAACGAAAACAUGUACGACAUUUCCUCUAUUAAAAGUCAGUGUAACUAGAAGUUUCGGAAGUUUCAUGUUGUAGUCGUGCAAAACAACGGCAAAGAAAUUUACAAAAAAAGUGUGCUGCGCGUGUGCAAAGUUGCUUGUUUGCUAAUUAGACCCAUUGUUGUUUUUUACCGUUCUCUGACGUUGCCUUCGCCGAUAAGUAUUACACGGUUUUAUAUUUUGUUUGAACGAACUAUAAACAUUAUCAAGAGCUUCGUUUUUAACCCUGGCUAAAUCUAUAUAUUAUUAUAUUGUUGCUCUCCCUGCUUUUGUUACAUUUGAUACACGAUAUUCCAUAAAAUUGUUUGAACUAACAGCGGCAGCACUCUUUUUAGGUACAAUAGUACGUUUGUAAUCUUUUUAAAUUAUUAUUUUUGUCAUGUAUUAAUUAUUGUUUUUAUCAUGCGUUCUCUACAUGAGCCUAUCCCACGCGGUGUUUUAUCGGGUAGAUAACCACGAGUUUAUUAAACGACUUCAAAAACAUUUCUGGAAAAGUUUGUCUCAAUAUAGAGUUUAUAACAAUGACGCUUUUGUGAACGUUGGAAAUUAGCAUACGCAAAAAAAGCAUUACGUAUGAAAUUAUUAUGCCAGAACUGAAUCAAAUCUAGCACGUGUUUCGACAUUUUCCAGUCUAAGAACGACACUAACCGAGAGGACAUGGCGUCUUGUUCCAAAGCUUUUCGGAAGCCUAAAGCCUAAAAGGAAGAGAGGAAGUUAAUCGAAAAUGGUACCCCAAAGUCAACAAGUGCAGUGAAGAAGUAAUCUGUGAAAACAUUAAUUUUUCUGGAGUGGCUGAAUGGUAGGUAAACAAGAAUCCAGUACUCGAGCCUUGCGUACUCACAAGUCUUGAGUGCAACGCUUGGACACUGCUAUAGCCAAUAUUACCGCUGAGAAAUCACUAGAAGUAUGAUUACAGACCGACCUUGAAUCCACUCACUCCCUUUACCAUUAAUUAUUAAAUGGGGAUUUCCGUUCGUUGCAGGUAGAUCUUGGUGAAGUUAAGACUAUUACUGCGUUUGCAACGCAAGGGAACACAGUUAGACAGAGAGAUGCUCGUCUUAGAGAGUACUACAUCCAAUACGGAGAUACUGGAACAGACUGGUUGAACUACACUUAUGAAGGACAGCGAAAGGCAAGAUGUUCUACCAUGUGUUGAAGUAAGCAUAUAGAGUGUUUUCACUCACGUGGCCAGCAUCUAUACAAAUUUAUUGGAAAAAAAGAAAGCGUUUACAUAAGAAAAGAGUACAAUUCCCAGAGGAUUGGUUUGGGACACCAACAUGGUCGCCGUGACGUCUAGUGAAAACACUCUAUAUCAUACGUCGCGGUUGCGCUCUUGAUGCAAGUUUGUACUUUGCAUUCACCGCUAUGUGGUAACCAACUUCAAUUUCCUCAGUACAAACGAUGAAAAACAAGUACAAAAUCCAUGAAUCAUUGUGAGCGCAGUUUGUCACCCAUGAUAUUAGUUUGUAAUCAAUUGGUGUAUACUCGUAAAAUUAAGAAAUGGUUUCACUUGCGUUUUGUCCAAAUUCUAAUAAUUUGGCCUUAAGUUAUUCCCUAAUUUCCCGAGAGGUUGCUUUAGGUAAUGACUCCCUCCAACCAUUCUAAUGAACCACCUCAACACGGACCUACUUCUUUGUUGUUUGUUAACUUCCCUAACUGCUUCCCCAAUUAUUACUCAUGAAUAGUGCGCUUUGCGUUUAUGCGCCAUCAAUUCAGUUGAAACAGUCUGAGUAAAAACCGGGCAUUUGACCGUCACUUGUGCCAGGGGAGUGGAGAAUUUGACUAUUGCCUGGGUGGGGCGAGGAAUUUAAACCAGAAAUGUAAAGUCUCCUUUGGCUGAUACCGGGUCUGACAACUCUGGUUCGAUAUAUGCAAUCUUUCUUAUAGUGAGAUGGAUGAGUUUAAAGGUAAAGAAAGAGCCUUUUUAAUUGAAUGGCUUGUUGUGCAUAGAGUUCAAAAGUUACAUGUAUUUUGAAGGCAUAACGUUUUAGAACAAGAUCAACUGUUUAUUUUUUUCUUGCGCAAUUGCUUAUCGCCAUCAUGUUAAGUCAGAAAAAUUACGUUAGUCUAUUUUUCGAAUUCCCAAUCUGCAAAACUUUUUUUCGUUGUGCAUGAGGGGCAUUUGACGACUUAAUUGCGCUUAAGUAAUCGGAAUCUGAAUGCGCCUAUUUUAAAAAAACUUCACAUGUCAUGCCCGGGGUUGCCCAGGAGAAAUGUUUAAGUUUCGAAUUGAUCGGUGCAUAACACACACGACAGUAUAACAUUCAUCAUUUAUUGGUGCAAUCAAAAUUGCAGAUAUUUCGUGGUUAUAAAACACAAGUGGACACGGUAAUGGAAUAUCUGCCUACGAACAUCACUGCAAGGUUUAUAAGGCUCCGUCCUACACACUGGUAUCUAUACAUCUGCACCAAACUGGAAAUUUACGGCUGUCAA